AUGGAAACAGGAAAUCAAACAAGGUUUUCAGAUUUUAUACUUCUGGGAUUUUCCCAAGACUCAGAGCAUCAACCCCUCUUAUUCUGUCUGUUCCUCUCCAUGUACCUGGUCACUGUGCUCGGGAACCUGCUCCUCAUCCUGGCCAUCAGCUCAGACUCCCACCUCCACACGCCCAUGUACUUCUUCCUCUGCAACCUGUCCUUGGCUGACAUCGGUUUCACCUCCACCACCAUCCCGAACAUGCUGGUGAACAUCCAGACACAGAGCAAAGCCAUCACCUAUGCAGGCUGCAUCACUCAAAUGUGUUUUUUUAAUGUUUUUGGAAGUAUGGACACUUUCCUCCUCACAGUGAUGGCCUAUGACCGGUUUGUGGCCAUCUGUCACCCCUUACAGUACCCAGUCAUCAUGAACCCCCACCUCUGUGGUCUCCUGGUUCUUGGGUCCUGGCUCAUCAGCUUAAUAUACUCCCUGAUCCAGAGCCUGUUGAUGUUGCGGCUGUCUUUCUGUACCAGGUGGGUGAUUUCACACUUCUACUGUGAACUUGCUCAGGCCAUCACACUUGCCUGCUCGGACACACUCAUCAAUCACAUCCUGGUCUAUAUUGGGUCUGCCCUUCUUGGCAUUGUUCCCUUCUUGGGGAUUUUUUUCUCCUAUAUUCGAAUUGUCUCCUCAAUCCUGAGAAUCCCCUCGACAGAUGGGAAAUAUAAAACAUUCUCUACCUGUGGGUCUCACCUGUCCACGGUUUCUUUAUUCUACGGGACAGGCCUUGGGGUGUACCUCAGCUCUGAUGCGCCUUCCUGGAGGGGCAUGAUGGCCUCGGUGAUGUACACUGUGGUCACCCCAAUGCUGAACCCCUUCAUCUACAGCCUGCGGAACAGGGACAUCAAGGGGGCUCUACAAAAAGUCUUGGGAGAACGCUGUAUGUUCCAUAAUGGGGACACUCAUCCUGAGAUUUUAAGCUGA